CACAGCUCAAACACAUCAGUUAGUCCACUGGCUGUUAUUUCAUUAAAUUAAAGUAUUUCUACAGUUAUUUGAUUAUAAUUUGAGAGUUUUUGCUUUGCGUGACCAUGACGCCAGCAGUGGUUCUGCUGGGCCUGGUGCUCCUGCUGGACACCACUUUUGGAGCAGAAGAGUCCUGUGUGGGUCGCUGUGGCUCCUUCAGCCCACAGAACAGAUGCCAAUGUGACUCCAUGUGUGUAUAUUACAUGAGCUGCUGUGAGGACUUUUACACUAUUUGCCCCAAAAAGGUUUCUCGAGGAGACACAUUUGAAGAAACAGAGGACAUGGUGAACCAGGAAACUUAUAGUUACACCGUCACGCCGACGGUGCCCUCUUCUCUGACCCCCCCACCCAACAUCAGCUAUGGGCCCUCGCCAACCGUUGACCCCAACGCAGAGCCUUGCAGCGGGCAACCUUUUGAUGCGUUCUUGCAGUUGAAGAAUGGUUCGAUUUACGCAUUUAGAGGUGAAUAUUUCUUUGAGCUGGAUGACAAGUCGAUUCUUCCUGGUUACCCUAAACUCAUCGAGCAGGUGUGGGGAAUCCAAGGACCCGUCAGCGCUGCAUUCACCCGGAUCAACUGCCAGGGAAAAUCAUACAUCUUCAAGGGCAAGCAGUACUGGAGAUUUGACGGUGACGUCUUGGACGAGGACUAUCCGAGGGACAUUUCUGUCGGCUUUGAAGGCAUUCCAAAUUAUUUGGAUGCAGCAUUUGCUGUACCUGCACCAAGUCACAGAGGGCAAGAAAAAGCCUACUUUUUUAAAGGUGACAAGUAUUACCAGUAUGAGUUCAAGCACCAGCCGUCCCAUGAAGAGUGCAUCUAUAUGAGCAGAACCUCUCCGUCUGUUCUGUUUACCCAAUACACAGACCUGUUCUGCAAUCAGCCGUUGGAGAACCUCUUCACAGAUCUCUUUGGAAGCUUCUACACUCACAACACCAGACCCCAACUCACCAUUAGGGACUGGCAAGGCAUUAGGUCCCCUGUGGAUGCUGCAUUGGUAGGAAAGGUUUCUCUCAGUCCUAAGCCCACAAUAUCUUCUCCACAAGCAAGGCGGGGGGCCAGAGGGCGGAGAAGGAGGCCCGGCAAGAGACGUGGCUCCCAUCACAGAAGGCAAAGUCGCUACGUGUUUGACGAUAUGUGGUUCUUUGACGAUUUGUUUGACCGUAACCUAGAUUACAGCGACACUGCUGAAGUAGCUACAGUGCAGGAUUACAAAAGUACCCCUGUUCAAAAUGUCUACUUUUUCAAGCAAGAUAAGUACUACAGAGUGUCUCUGCGGACAAAACGUGUGGACCCCGUCAGCCCUCCUUACCCAAGAUCCAUUGCAAAAUACUGGCUGGGCUGUGAACAUGAAGACUCAACUGAUUUACCCAGGGCAGAGAAAAGAUAGGCCAGCUAAAACAUAGACACAUCCAUUAAUUGUCUAUAUUACAUCUCUAAGUAACAAACAUCCUGAACCCAGUGAUAAUUUCCUACUACUGCAUUUAUCUUAUGCACCCCUCAGGUGCAUGUGCUGAAACUUAGCAUGAUUUAUGACGCUUUAAAGGGAUAGUUCAGGUUUUCUAUAGUAAGGUACUGUUAAAAGAUACCAGUUAAGAUCUAUACAAGAUGACUCUUAUCGUUUUCAUUUACAGCAAAUGCAGAUUAGUUGGAUCUAAAUCCUAAAACUAACUGCUAGGCCAGGAGGCGGACAAGACCAAAACAGGGUUCUACCAUCCUAAAAGAAACUUCAGUCCCAAAACAAUCAUAGAGUUUUGAGCAAAAGCUGUCGUAUUUGCAUUUGGUGAUAAUUUAGACAGAAUACGAUGAUUAUUUACACAGGAAAUGGAAGCAGGAUGUGGUGUGCCACCAGUGGUCUACUGGUGUAGAACCUAAAUGAAAAAUCAGCAUUAAAGUAAAUAAAAUUGAACUUCAAUUGAAAGUUGAAUAAAAACUGAACACAUCA